UCUCUCACAUGCAGUCACAGCAAAGCUGCUCUCUGCAACACUCAUCUCAGAGGGUGUCAGUGUUUCCCCUCUAGGAGCAAUCCCUUUGUCAGUGAGCUUCUCACAGAACAGAGCCAGGACUCUGUCAGGCCCGUUUGUCGAGAUGUUGGGGUUCCUCCUAUCUGUGACCCCUCUACUGCUUCUGUCUGCCCUGACCUCCCCCGCUGCAGGACAGCCUCAGAACCGUCGUGCACCCCUCAUCAAGCUGCGGCUAACGGGGAACACGGGCAAGCCCAACGAGGGUCGGCUGGAGGUCUAUUAUAACCGAACCUGGGGCACCGUCUGUGAUGACGAGGUGGACAUCAACCUUGCCAACGUAGCUUGCAGAGAGCUCGGCUUCGAGAACGCACAAACCUGGGCUCACAGCGCCAGGUACGGGGUUGGCAAAGGUCCAAUCUGGCUGGAUAAUGUGCGCUGCAAGGGCACUGAGAAGUCGCUGGCGGAGUGCAGCGCCAAUGGCUGGGGGAUCAGCGACUGCCAACACACAGAGGACUUGGGCGUGAUAUGCAGCGAGGGAAAGCGCCGUGUGAUUGAUCAGCAAGGGGGGCGCCCUGUCACCAUUGUUAGACAGGGCGGCAGCGGGGUGAAGAUUGAGGAGGUCCGUCUCCGACCACUUAUGACUGGUACUAAGGGCCGCGUGCCCAUCAGGGAGGGCGUGGUGGAGGUGAAGCAUGCUGGGAGGUGGCGGCAGGUGUGUGAUGUGGGCUGGACACUCAACAACAGCAGGGUAGUGUGUGGCAUGCUGGGAUUCCCAUUGGAGGCUCAGCACAACACCAAGAUGUACAAAAAACUUUGGGAUACCAAGGUCAACAAUCCAACUACCAGACUCAGCACAAUGUCCCGGAAGAAGAGUUUCUGGGUGGAGAAGGUGAGCUGCCAUGGCAAUGAGCCCAGCCUGUCAGAUUGCCGGGUCCAGCUCUCUAUUUCCCGCAACAGCCCCCCCUGCAGGAAAGGCAUGCACGCCAUCACACGCUGCGUCCUGGGAGCAGAGCUCAGCAACGCCCUGAACACUGGCCGCAAGACACACUCCCACAGAGAGCCCUCAGUCCGGUUGAAGGCGGGCGCUCGGCUGGGCGAGGGUCGCGUGGAGAUGCUGCGUGAAGGGAAGUGGGGCACGGUGUGCGAUCACCAAUGGGACCUGGUCUCUGCCAGCGUGGUGUGCCGGGAGCUGGGGUACGGCACAGCAAAAGAGGCCAUGAGAGGAGCGCAUAUGGGGCAAGGAUUGGGUCCCAUCCACAUGAACGCAGUGCAGUGCAGUGGGCAUGAGCGCUCCAUCACUGAGUGCUACUUCCAGGACCUGGCCACCAGGGGGUGCACUCACUAUGAUGAUGCCUCUGUCAGGUGCAACGUGCCUAAGAUGGGACUUGACAGCAAGAUUCGCCUGGCAGGGGGGCGCAGUCCUGGGGAGGGUCGUGUGGAGGUGCUGAUAGAGGUUGGAGGUCGGAAGCAGUGGGGUGCGGUGUGCAGCGAGUCCUGGGGUCUCAACGAGGCCACAGUGGUGUGUCGACAGGCGGGCUUCGGAUUUGCCUCACAUGCCCUGCAGGAGACGUGGUACUGGCAGGGGGACCCAAGUGCCAGUGAGGUGGUGCUGAGCGGGACCACGUGCUCCGGGACUGAGCUCUCGAUUCAGCAGUGCCAGAAGCACAGGCAGGUACACUGCCCUCGAGGGGGCGGGCGGCGUGCUGCGGGGGUCACCUGUAGUGAGAUGGCCCCGGACCUGAUUCUGAACGCUCAGGUGGUCCAGGAGUCUGCGUACCUGGAGGACCGACCGCUGCACCUGCUCACUUGCGCCCACGAGGAGAAAUGCCUUUCCUCUUCCGCAGACCACAUGAAUUGGCCCUAUGGGCAGCGGCGCCUGCUCCGCUUCUCCUCGCUCAUCCACAACCUGGGCAGGGCUGACUUCCGCCCACGGGCAACUCGAGAGUCCUGGAUCUGGCACCAGUGCCACAGGCACUACCAUAGUAUCGAGGUGUUCACACACUACGACCUCCUCACCCUCAAUGGUAGCAAAGUUGCAGAAGGUCACAAGGCCAGCUUCUGUCUGGAAGACACCCACUGCUCUGACGGGCUACAGAAACAGUACGCUUGUGUCAACAUGGGAGAGCAGGGCAUCUCUGUGGGCUGCUGGGAUACCUACGGACACGACAUUGACUGCCAGUGGAUCGACAUCACGGAUGUCAAACCAGGGGACUACAUCUUCCAGGUUGAAGUAAAUCCCCACUUUGACAUGGUUGAGUCCGAUUUCACAAACAACGUAAUGCGCUGCCGAUGUAAAUACGAUGGGAGUCGGAUCUGGAUGUACGGCUGUCACACAGGAGAUGCAUAUAGUGAUGAAAUUGAGGAUCUGUUUGAGCACCAGAAUCGGAUCUCCAAUAACCUGAUCUAAAUGUUCACCCUGGAAAUGCCUAGAAGAACCUGGAAUCAGGAAUGGGGAGAACUGGAGCUUGAAUUCGGGAUUUGGACACUUACCUCAAUACGUGCAACACCAACACAAAGCACAGCAGUCUUCUUGUGAUCAGUGGGGAAGUCAAGUGGAUUUAGAGUGACAAAGGUGGCUCCUUUGGGCUACAUACAUCCAUGGUGAUCCUGCUGUAGGAUUUGGAAAUCUUUAUCCCAGUGUCUUUUGCAGUUUGAGUAUUUUCUACUUUUAUUUUUUUUUAAUGCAUACAAUCCUUUAGGACAGCGUAACUUUAAAACAAGAAAAAAAAAAAAAAAAUUGGACUUUGUUUUACAGCCUGUUUCUGAUUCCUUACUGAAGUACUUUAUUUAAAUGUUGUCUUGUAUAAAACAGAAGGGACAGAAACAGACCUAUUGAAUAUCUGUGAAUGAAAAUCCAGAUUUUCUCCUUGAUUUGUUUGAGGACAUGAGUAAAUAACACACUUCAUACUCAAUGCUCAGAUAAUUCCAUUUGUAUAUAGCUCAAGUAUUAUUUUAAUAUUUUCUCAAUACGGGCUACUGCUUUACUCAGAGCACCAUGAUGUCAGGACAGCCUAAAGCUUCUACAGUAUCUUGAAACAAACUACAACUACUUUUAUGUGUCACUGUGAAUUCCCUAACAAAGUCUCUUCACACAAGUGUAGCAAGAAGUGCGGGAACAUUUUCAGGAAUUAUACUCAGGUAGUGAUGUCAUAUUUAAAUCAUUUAAGUACUAGAAUGGCAACAUUUUGCAGUUCCUCAUUGAGGUUAAAUACAUGAGUACAGCCUGUUUCAUAAAAAGGAAAACUAACCAUACUUUUUAAUUCAAUGAGGAGAACUUCCCAUACCUGGACUUGCUUUAUAAUAAACAUUUGUUUAAAAUAGAUCCUUCUUUUUUUAACUGAAGCAAAAUUGCUGUUAUAGCAAUACAAAGUGCAUUUUUUGAAACCACAAACAGCCUGGUUGUUUUAAAAAAGAAAAAAUCUAAAUUUGACCACAGCGAGGAAACUCUUUAAAAGCAUAUUAUGAUUUCUAUGCAAUGCAGAGCCAGUCAUCCUGUAAAAUUAAAUUAUAUAGACUUGAACAAGGCAACAACAAAACAAAGUCAUUUUCUAUUAUAAUCUUCCCCUUUUUUAAAGUUGAUCAUCUGUAGCAGGAAUCCCACAAAAUGUGUUUUCUGUGUUAAGAGAACAAUGUUUUUAACUUAAAAUACACUUUGUAAUUUGUACUUGGAAGUUGUUUGCUUCUUAAUCUGUGCAAACAUACUUUAGUACACCAUACACUUCAGUUUUAUAACAUUCCUCGACUUUAAAUCCAGCUGACUUGUUUACACUUUGAGUUAUUGAAUUUUAGAAUGUUGUUUAUUACAUCUAACCUUUGAAUUGUUCGCUGUAACUUAGCACAUCAACUUUUAUUUAUUUUAAUCAAAAUGCAUUCUGGCAAUAUGUUAACCAGGCCAUUUAUGGCAAAUAGUGUCUGUAGAUACAAGUUUAGGCAAAUCGUUAUUUUUUUUAAUUGGCUAUUACCUUACAGAAAACCCAUAUACUUAGGAUUUUUUUAAAUUACUCGACCUCGCUGUUGAAAAUGAUUUAGACGUACAUAUUGCAGUGUAAAACAAAACAAAAAAUAAACUCUUGAUUAGUCCUUCCUUGACAACUUUCUGUGAAAGCAGUAACGUUUACAUUAAGUGCCACAAGUUCUGCAUUUAAAAAAUUUCUGUACUGUACAUUUUAACAGAGAAGUGCAGUAAUUUAUGCAGGUCUGUGGAUAAACCACACCACCUUGUCAUGAUGUCUUAUCCACUUACCUUUUCUGUAACAGAUUACACUGGUACUCGUGCAAAAAAUAACUUGCUGGACGUGAAUGCCAAAUUGUGUUUUUUUUUUUCCUUGAAACAAAGCUGGCUUAAGUGUUUUUGUUUUUUUAAUCUGUUUUUGUACUGUAUUAAGGGCUUUUCAUUGUAUUUAUUUUUAAAUACUGUAUGACUUCAACUAAAUACUUUCUAGUGUAUUACUUAAUGCAAAUAAAUAUGCAUUUUUAUUAAAAAAAAAAAAAAAAAAAAAAAACACACAUCAGUGUUUGCUCUUAAGUAAAUUUUAGACUGUGUUCAACAUCACUUGGGGAAAAUGCUAAGCACUAACUCUACAGUACAAGAAUCUCCUAAGCUCAGUUUCCACUGCCCAGUGUUGCCCUGUACUGGAGCAUUCCUGUAGAGCCUACAAUUAAAGGUAAGAAUUUACACUAGUAGGAAUACAUAAUUUAUGCUAAAAACACCAAAAACGAUUACCAGAACCAAGUCUGGACAGCAGAAACGCAGCUUCAGAUUCUCACCUGUUGUAGAAUAAUCUCCCAGCAAAGGUGUCCCUACACAAACCUACUUUAACAAUGACUUGUAAUCAAUAAAAUAAUCUGAAGCAAUU